AUGAAACCCAGUCAAAUUAUAACAGGGUCAGCAAACUCUAAUCCUUUAACAUUUACAUAUACAAUUUAUGAAGAUGAUGUUUAUUAUUCCUAUUCAUCAGGAUCAAAUGUUUAUAUAUUGAAAGGAGUUUCAUUGAAAGUUAUUCAAGUUUUAACAGGACAUCAAAGUGAUGUUACAUGCGUAUCAUGGUUAUCAAACGAUACAAAGUUAUUAACAUCAUCAUCACAUGAAAUCUUUUUAUACGUUUUAAAUAAAGAAAGAGGAUUAUGGGAACACGUAUUCACAAUACCAAGUCAAUUUGAAAUUACAGCUUUAUCAUGGUUACAAUCAAAUUCUUUUAUUGUUGGUGGUCAUUCACAAAUUGUAAAAUGGAAAUUAGAUCAACAAACCAUUAUGAAAAAUUAUCAAAUUAAUAAUGGUGGUGGUGUUAGUAGUGGUAGUGGUAGUAGUUCUGCCAAUAAUAAUUAUAAUUAUAAUUCAACAUCAUCACCAAAUUCAACAUCGUCAUCGUCAUUUGGUAAAAAUAAUAGUUUAGAUCAAGAAUUUAGUUCAACAACAACGACUAAUAAAAUCAAUUUAAAUAGUAGCGGUAAUAAUACACCAACAACGAGUGCAUUGAAUAAUAAUACACAAGUUAGAGUUAAUAAUGAAAAGUUUUUACAAGAUCAAAGAAUAAAAGAACAAAAAUUAUUUAAUAAGCAAGCACAAAUCGUUUGGAAAACUGAUAGUUCAAGUCCAAUUAAUAAUUUAUCAUGUUCACCCGAUGGUUCAUUCUUUGCAACUUGUGGUAAAUUUGAUCGUUUAAUUAAGGUUUGGUUCCUUCAAAAGAAAUCAAAAGCAAAGCUAUUGGCAGAGGAGCAACAAAUUAAAUUACAACAAGAACAAUUAUCAUUACUAUUACAACGUGAGGAAUUGGCCAAACAAAAGAACAGAAAAGGUGCAUACAAAGAGCAAUUCAAUAAACUCACCAACAAAGGCCCAAUCUAUAAAGCAAAUAAAAUUGGUUUUGACGAGGUGGUUAGUAGUGGUGGCAUUGGCACUGGUGAAGAUUCAAACGAUAUCAAUACUGAAUUAAAUAAAAGAGAUAAAUUACAAAAAGAAAAAGAAAGAGAAAAAGGUGGUGAUGCUAAUAAAAAUAAAGAACAACAACAGCAACAACAACAACCACAAAAAGAAGAACAAUCAAUUGAAGAAUUACAAAAACAAUUGAAUCAAUUGAAAGAGAUUUUCAAUAAGCAGAAAAAUAAAAAAUUUGAAGGUGAAACCUAUGGUUUCAUUUAUUUACCACAUCCACGUUCAAUCACUUGGAUUUCUUGGAGAAAUAGAAAAACUUCAACUCAUAAUAUCUUAUUAACAAAUUGCAAAGAUGGUGUUGUCCGUUUAUGGCAACAAUCACCACAAUCUAGAAGAUUACAAUUUAAUGUUUCAAGUAUUAUACCAUCAGGUUCUGAUAUUGUUGAUUGGGUUUAUUCUCAAAAUGAAGAUAAAUUUGAUAUAUUUAAUAAAAAUAAUGAAGAUAAUAAUAUAAAUGAUGAAAAAAAUAAUAGUAAUAGUAAUAAUAAUAAUAAUGCAGGUGGUGGUUUUAGUGGUGGUAAAUUAUCAAAAUCUUCAAGUGGAACUACAGGUACAUCAUUAAAUAGUAAUAGUAAUAAUAAUAAUAAUUCAACAGAUGAUUCAAAUUCAUAUUUAAGAAGUCAUGAUUUUAAAUUACAUUUAACAAAUCCAAUUUUAUUAAGACAAAAAGAUUCUUUAGCAAAAACUAAACAAAUAGUUGAUUGGAUUAUUGUUAUUAAAUUGGAUGGUUCUUUAGUGUUGUGGAAAUUAAGAACAGAUGAUUCAAUGACAAAGCAAACUUCAUCAUUAUCAAUUUGGAUUAAUAGUCAAAUUUUAUCACCACAAGAAAUUGGUCCAAAUAGAAUCAUCUCAUUAUAUCAACCAAUGUCAUUGACUGAUAAUACUCCUGGUUCAAUUAAAGUUUGUUUUAACUCUUUUAAUGGUGCAAUCUCUUCAAGAAGAUUUUAUAUUCAAAAUCAAAAUCAAACUCAAAUUACAAAUGCAUCACCAGUAUCUAGAUGUUAUGGUCAUAAAAGUACAAUUAAAAAGUUGGCAGCAUCUAAAAAUUCACCAUAUCUUUCAUCUUUAGAUUAUCAAAAUAAUGUUAUUAUUUGGAAUUCAACAGAUUCAAGUAAAAUUCAAUCACCAAAUUAUUUAAUUGAUAUUGGAUCAUUUCCAUCAUAUUAUUCAAUGACAUGGUCACCAAAUCAAAAGUUUUGUUUCUUUUCAAAUAGAGAUGGUAUAUUUGUAUAUUAUAUAGAGAUUAGUCAAGAGAAUUAUGUUAAAUCAUCAUUGUUAUCAAUUGGUAUGAUUGAAGAAUCAACAUUAGAGGAUGAUUGGAUUGAUGAAGUUCAUAUAGUUGAUCCAUUAAAUUUAAUUUAUCAUUAUAAUUCAAUGGAUUUUGAUAAGAAUAAAGUUAAUAACGACAGCAGUAGACGUAAUGGUGGUGGUGGUGGUGAAAGUAGUGUUUUAUUACCAUACCAAUUCUUUUUAAUUGGUUUGAAUAAACAUUCAGAUAAAUUAUAUGUUUGGGGUGUUAGUGUUGAAAAGGAUUUCAAAUAUUCUUCAUCAUCCUCUCCAUCAAUUUUAAAAUCAAAAUUAUUAGCAACAAAAGAAUUUGAAAGGGAUUCAAGAAUUUCUUGUAUUUGUGCUGCACCAAAAGGUAUUUUCGAUAUGACAACUAUUAAUAAAAUGAAUAAAAAUCAAAAUGAAGAUUUUAGUGAUAAUGAUGAUGACGAUAAUAAUGACGAUAAUAAUAAUAAUAAUAAUAAUGAAAAGUACAAUAAUGAAGAUAGAGUAGUUUUAACACAUCCAAUUUGUAUUACUGGUAGUAUUGAUGGUUAUGUAUCAGUAUUUGGUAUAACACCAAAAAUAUCAUUUGUAAAGGGUGGUGAUAGUGAAGAAGAGAUCAAAUUCGAAGAUUGGACAAUUGGUGAAAUGGGUGGUUAUCAUGCAUAUCAACAACCAGUUGAAUCAGUUAAAGCAGCUUAUUUUGGUAGAUUUGCAUCAAAAGCAUUCUCUACUAAUCCAAAUCCAGAAAUUCAUAUUUGGGAAUUAGAAUCACAUACACCAAAGUUACGUUUAGAAGAUACCAUUAAAUUUUAUAUAGAUAGUGAAAUACCACAAGCAAUAACAACAACAACAACAACAACAACAACAGCAAUUGCUACACCAUUAAAUACACCACAAGUUAUAAUAACAUCACCAACUUCAGGAAUUGGUGCAUUUAAAUCACCGCCACUUACAACUACAAUUUUAUUGAAAGCCAGUACAAACAAUGUUGGUGUCGGAACGGCAUUAGCGGCAUCAUCAUCGUCAUUGGCACAUGAGGAUAUUAUUAGUUGUUGUUUUAGUUUUGUUAGUUUAGAUGAUGGUAGCUAUUCAGUUGCAUUUGGGUAUGGUAACCAAGUGAAAAUCUUAAAUAAACCAGUGGAUAGAGUGAUUGGUAGUUAUAAGAGACCAUGGGUUCAAACUCAUAACUAUGAUGAUUUAACCUCGCCAUGUAGUAGCUUAGAAUGGGGUAAAGAUCUAUCAUUGUAUGUUAGUGCUGGUAAUCAAAUUAUGGUGUUUACAAAAUGGUCAAAACUUAACAACAUCAAUGACAACUUAGCAUUAUCACAAUUUCAAACGGUUGGUCAUGAUUACAAUACCAAAUUGAAUUCAAUUUAUCAUCAACAUUCUGAACUUCAACGUCCUUUACCAAUGUAUCAUCCAAAAUUCUUAACUGAAUACAUGAUGGCUGGUAAAUUUGGUGUUGUUGAAAAGAUCUUAAAACAUGUUUGUCAAUUCCUUUUCGAAAAAUAUGAUGAUUUAAAUGAUUUACCAAAAUCACCAGUUUUCAUACCACCAUUAUCAAUUGAAGAGAUUAUUCAUUUCGAUGAAUUUACAAAUUCAAAAUCAAAGAAAACUGGUACUUCUGAUGAUAUGGAUAGAAUGAAUUCAAUUGAUAAGAAUAAUCAUAAUGAUCGUAAUGAUCGUAAUAAAGAUGAUGACGAUGACGACGACGACGACGACGAUAGUGAUAGGGAUGAAUUAGAAAAUUCAAAUAAAUUUACAAAAAGACAAGCAAGAAAAUUAAGUGAAAUUUUAUCAUCAAUUAAAUUGGGUAAUCUUUCAAGUAGUGAACAAAUUCAAUUGUUAGCAGUUACCGAUACCUAUGGUGAAAUUGGUGAAAUGAGAGGUGGUCUCGAUGAGAAUGGUUCACGUUUCAUAUUGUCAGCAAAGGUAUUCCAAUUUUUACGUAGAUCAUUACCACCACAAGAUCGUCCAAUCUCAUUGAGUACAACCGAUAUUCUUUGGGCGUUACAUUCAGAGGCACAAGAAACUAUUCUUUCAACUUGUUUCCCAACCGAUCCAGAUUGGGAUGCUUUAAAACAAAUUGGUGCUGGUUUGUGGAUUAAAUCGCCAAGUACCUUGAUAAAUGUAGUGGAAAAGUUGGCAAAGACAACCUACAUUCAAAGAAGAGACCCAAGAGAAUGUUCAUUGUAUUAUUUAGCAUUGGGUAAAAAAGGUGCGUUGGUUGCAUUGCAUAAAGCUUCAAAAGAUAUAAAACAAGUUGAAUUCCUUUCACAAGAUUUCACUCAAGCUAAAUGGAUCACUGCUGCAAAUAAAAGUGCAUUCCUUUUACAAAGUAAACAUAAAUAUGAAUUGGCUGCUUCAUUAUUCCUUUUAGCAGGUCAAUUAAAGAAAGCUGUAAAUCUUUUAUUACAAAUGCAAGGUGAUUUCCAAUUGGCAUUGGUUAUCUCAAGAUUGUAUGAAGGUGAGAAUGGCGAAUGUUCACGUAUGAUCAUUGAAGAUCAUAUCAUACCACUUGCAAAGAAAACUAAUGAUCGUAGUUUAUUAAGUAUUUGUAAUUGGUUAUUGAAAAAGUAUGAAGAUGCUAUAACAUGUUUAAUACCAUCAGUUUCAAUAGAUGGUGAUAGAAAACUUGAUGAAGAUGAUAACAAUCAACGUGGUGGUGGUGGUGGUGGUUAUAGUUUAGGUGUUUCUGGUAAUUCAACACCAAUUGGUAUGUCUAGUCGUAAUUCAAUGGUAUCAUCACCAAUUAAUAGAUCAACCACUGGUACAAAUUACUCAAAUGCUACAGGUACAACCUUAACCACUCAAGUGGUAUCACCAAUCUCUCAACAAUUACGUGCUUCUCAAUUAGGUCCUUCCAUUUUAUAUUUCUUCCGUUUCUUAAAGAAUCAUGUUCAAUUACGUCAAUUAUCAGAGGAUAAAAAGAAAGAAGAUGAAUUCUUAAGAACUAGUUCUUACUCUUAUUUCAAUAGUGGUUGUUCAUUAUUAGCACUUGAAAAUAUUGAAAGAUUAGAAGCAUCUCAUCCAACCAUUUUAACUGAUAAUCAAGAACGUCAAGAAGUUGAAAAAUUAGAAAAAUUAAAACAACAACAACAAGAAAAAGAAAAAGAAAAAGAAAGAUUAGAAAAAGAAAAACAAAAAUCAAAUGAUUUAGGUUUAGAUUUUGGUGGUGGUGGCGGUGGUAGUGGUUUCUUUAAUAAACCGUCAUAUGAUUUGGGUUUAGAUUUUGGUGGUGGAGGCGGUAGUAGUAGUGGUUUCUUUAGUAAACCUUCAAAUGAUUUAGGUUUAGAUUUUGGUAGUGCACCAUCAAAACCAACUUCAUCAUCUUAUAUGGGACUAGAUUUCAAUACACCAACUCAAUCAAAUUCAAAUGAUUUAGGAUUAGAUUUUGGUAGUACACCAUCAAAACCAUCGACUUCUUCAUCUUAUAUGGGACUAGAUUUCAAUACACCAACUCAAUCAUCAUCAUCAAAUUCAAAUAAUUAUGGUUUAGACUUUGGUAGUACACCAUCAAAACCAGAAAAUUCAUCAUCAAAUUAUAUGGGAUUAGAUUUCAAUACACCAAGUCAAUCAUCAUCUUCAAAUAAUUAUGGUUUAGACUUUGGUGCACCAUCAUCAACCACCACCAAUAAUAAUAAUAAUAAUAGGUGGGAGUUGUUAGAUACAACAUUCAUACCAAGUAAAAAAGAAAAACUUUCAUUAUAUUCAUUGAUUGAUAAUGAAUUAAAAGAUAAAUUGGUUGUUAAAGUUUUACUUGAAACCAUUAUGGAAACUAGAGAAGCUGAUAAUUGGGAUGAGGAAUUUAAAGAUUUUAAAGAAUCAUUAGAAUAUUUAUGUAAAAAGAAUCAAGUUAAUUCCAAAAGAAAUUUAAUUCAAUUAACUAAAUAUAAUAAUAAUAAUAAUAAUAAUAGUAAUAAUAAUGAAGAUGGUGAUGAAAAAGCAAUGGAUAUAUUAGAAUUAAUUUCAAUUUCAAUAAUUAAAUCAUUAUUAAGAUUUGAUGAUGAUAAUAUUUUAAUGUUAAUGAAUUCAUCAGCAUCACAACCAUUAUUAACAGUUUCAUUAGAGAUUUAUCAAUCAAUUAUGUCUAUUGAUAAACGUUAUCAUAGUCAUUCAUUGAUUUUAUCAACAGUUUAUAUGAUGUUAUUUUUAUUAGGUUAUGGUUCACAACGUUUCGAUGUGUUAUUAGUAUUAUUCAAAAAUAAGAAUACUAUCCAACAAUUUAAUCAAUUCAUUGAUCAAAUUAAACAAUUACCAAUUAGAUCUUAUAAAGAUACUGAAAAUAAUGAAUUAAUUGGUGCUGGUGAUAAUAAUAAUGAUGAUGAUGAUGAUUUUGAUAUGGAUGAUGAAGAUGACGAUCCAAAUGAAAUAUUAGAUAAAGAAGAAUUAAAGAGAAUUAAUGAUGAAAAGAAAUUAAUAUAUAAAUUCUUAAAAAGAUUCUUUGAUUUCCUUUCAUUGAAAUAUUUUAAACAAUGCUUCGAUCAAUUAGUAAAGGCAUUGCCAUACCAUCAAGUAUUCGAUUCAGUGAAUCAACGUUUAUCACUUUGGAUUGGUUCAUCACAAUCAAAACUUUUACAUGUUCCACAAAAGAUUUUAGAUCAAUUCACCAAUAAUACAACUAAAACAACAAUUGAAAACUUUUUAGAACUUUUAAAAUCUUAUAAAGAAUUUAAUUCAACUGAUCAAUAUCAAAUUUGGAAAAUUUUAAUUACAAAUCAAAAAGAAUUAUUAGAUCAUAUUAUACUUGGUAUUGAAAUUACUUUACCAGUAGAUAUUAAUGGUGGUAAUAACAAUAAUAAUAAUAGUAAGGUAAAUAAAAAUAAUGAACCAAUGCCAUUGAAAAAAGUUGGUAGCCAAGUUCAAUUUGGUGGUGGUAGUGGUAAAAUUAAAUUUGAAGAAGAGAUUGAAAUUUAUAAGGAUAGUGAUUUAUUACAAUCAUUUUGUUUGGAUCCAACUUCACCAGAAUUAAAUGUUAUGGCAAUUGCAACCACUCGUGGUAUUAGAGAGAUUGAUCAUAAACAAUUGGUUAGUGAAAUUAGGGAAGAACAUGAUAUAGAUCCAUCAGAGAAUUUAAUUAGUUCACCAUCUUCAAGUAGAGAUAAUAAAAGACCACGUAUCACUGGUAAAUCAGUUUCAUCUUUAAACAUCUCCAAAGGUAAGAUUAGUACGGUAUUCAGUGGUUUAAGAUCAAGUAGACAAAUGGAUCAUAAUAUAAUUGUACAAUGUUUAGAAAGUCAUCCAAACUCUUCAUUCUAUUUAUCGGGUGGUAUCGAUGGUUCGGUUUGUUUAUGGCAAUUUGGUAUACCAGAGGUAUUGACUGCCUAUCAACUCCCUCAAAAACCAAGAAUCGUUAGAUGUAAAUUCAAUCAAAGUGGCACUAAAUUUGGUGCAUGCGAUAUGGCGGGUAAUAUCUUGUUGUGGCAAUUCGCAGCUCAAGAAGAUACCUUGAAACCAUUCUAUUCACUUCAAGCUCAUUCUAAGCAAUGUUUGGAUUUCACAUUUUUAAAUUCUGGAAGUUUAUUGGCAACUGCCGGUAUCAGUAGUAGUGAUAGCAAAUCUCGUGAUAUCUGUCUAUGGGAUGUAUUAUUGCCACCUAAUAAAUCAUUGAUUGCCUCUUACACCGAUCAAGAGAAUGGCGCAUCCUCAAUUGUUUAUUCUCCAAAACGUCAAACUAUCAUCGUUGGUGGUAAGAAAGGUUCAUUGUCACUCUACGAUAUUCGUACUCAUAAACAAUUGGAAAGUUUCAAAGCUCAUCAUUUAAAUACUAAAUCAUUGGCAUUGGAUCCAUUCGAAGAGUUUGUUUGCUCUGGUAGUAGUGAUGGUAACAUUAAGAUUUGGUCCUUACCAUCGAUGACUUGUCUCAAUACCUUUGAAGAUGCUCAUAAAAAACAAACUUUUGUUCGUCCAACAGGUGUUUUCAAAUCUCCAGUUUCAACCUAUGGUGUAAUGCAAGUUAGAUUAGAAAAUAAUGGUUUAUUCUCUUGUGGUUCUGAUGGUCGUGUUACAAAACGUUCAUAUUAUAAAUUAUAA